UGUCAAUCAGAGAAUUGACGGAUGUGUCUAUGUUGGAAGCUGAGUCUAUAUGAAUUCGGACCACAGACACAAACUUAGAACUCAAAUUGUUUGACGGAGAGCUGUACCUAGAUGGAAAAGAUCACUCAAAGAUUGUCCAUCAUGAAGCCCUGUCUGGUUCUGGGCUGUGUGGCGGUAUCUAUUCUGGCUGCAGCCUCAGCAGACACAUUUGAUUCAAAAUUGGUUGGAGAUUGGAAGAACUGGAAAUCACAACAUAAGAAGCAUUACUCCAAGGAUGAGGAGAGCUACAGGAGACUGAUAUGGGCGAACAGUGUGCGAAACAUCGAAGAACACAAUCUGCAGCACUCAUUAGGGAAACAUACAUCUACCGUGGGAAUGAACCAGCUUGGAGAUCUGACUAAUGAAGAGUUCAAUAAGCUCAAGAACGGACUUCCCCAAAUCGAAGCUGUACACUCGACUGAAACGGAAGCGGAUGAAUCAGCAGGAAGUCAAUCUGAUGAAAGUAAUAAUGAAGUGAGAACUGCAACAGUUGACUGGCGGAGAGAAGGUUUAGUUACUCCAGUGAAAAACCAGGGUCAAUGCCAAGCUUCCUGGGCUUUCAGUACAACUGGUGCCAUUGAAGGACAGUGGGCAAAAAGACAUGGAAACCUGGUUUCUCUCAGUGAACAGAACCUUAUUGAUUGUGACAGACAAAGUUUCGGAUGCUUUGAUGGAGCCGUAUGGAGCGCCUUUGAUUAUGUGAUGAAACAUAAUGGCAUCAACUCUGCUGAAACGUACCCUUACACAGAAAAGGAGGGAUGGUGCAGAUUUCAGCCAGAUAAACCUGCUGCUAAAAUCAUGAACAUGAAACGAGUUUCCGGAGGCGAGGCAGGAUUGGAACAAGCAGUGAGAGAGAUAGGACCAAUGUCUGCUUUGAUUGAUGCAAGUCUGAAAUCCUUCCAAUUUUAUGAAGAAGGCGUUUAUUAUGAUGAUAAUUGCAAUGGCCCUGUAACCGAUGCAGUGCUGGUUGUUGGAUUUGGGAUUGAGGAUGGAAUGAACUACUGGCUGGUUAAAAACAGUUGGGGAACAAACUGGGGUGAAGCCGGUUACAUCAAAAUGGCUAAGGAUAGAGGGAAUCAUUGUCGAAUUGCCAGCAAUGUGUUCUACCCUAUCGUGAAAGGAGCCAACUGAUAAACCAGAGAUUCAUCAAACCCACCGGAAAGAAUUACCGGAACAUUUCUGCAAAUGCUGACUCAUUCAACAAAUUGCUUUAACUGUCCGCUGCAAACAUUAAAAAGUGAAAUAAUAACAGUUACUGCACAUUUGUAUUGCUUCAUAUAAAAUCAAUGGCAUUGUAUGAUUGAUACAUAUAACCAUUGUAAAUUUCAGCGCGAGUAUAUUCUCCAGCUUGUGCAUGUACUGCUGAUGUCCAACAAUACAAUAAACACUGCCAGCAAUCAAUUCCA